AUGGGUGCCAAGUCUCUAGCAUUAUCCUUUCAAAUCAAAACAGAAUGUAAUGUAUCAAAAGCCCGGGCUGGACUAAUGAAAUUGCCGCACUAUGAAGUUAAAACUCCUGUUUUCAUGCCUGUUGGAACACAGGGUACAAUGAAAGGUCUUUUACCUGAUCAACUUGAAAGUUUAGAUUGUGAAAUAAUUUUAGGCAAUACCUAUCAUCUUGGAAACCGUCCUGGCACAGAUGUUUUGACGAAGGCAGGAGGUCUUCAUAACUUUAUGGGCUGGAACAGGGCACUGCUUACUGAUUCAGGAGGUUUUCAAAUGGUUUCACUGCUGAAACUGGCUGAAAUAACUGAGGAAGGAGUCAAGUUUAGAUCACCAUAUGAUGAUUCCGAAAUUAUGUUAACUCCAGAAAAAUCUAUUGAGAUUCAAAAUUGUAUUGGUGCUGACAUAAUCAUGCAACUAGAUGAUGUUGUCCAAACCACAUUCCAAGAUUAUGAUCGUAUUAAGGAAGCUACAGAAAGGACUAGCCGAUGGUUGGAUCGAUGUUUGGCAGCCCAUAAAAGACCUACGGAACAAAGUAUUUUUCCUAUUGUGCAAGGUCUACUAAAUAAAGAAUUGAGGGAACAAAGUGCUAGAGAGCACAUGACAAAAGAUGUCAAUGGAUUUGCCAUUGGGGGAUUGAGUGGAGGUGAAGCAAAGGAUGAUUUUUGGCCCAUGGUCAGUUUGAGUACUGGAAUACUGGAUAAACACAGGCCUAGAUAUCUAAUGGGAGUUGGUUUAGCAAUAGAUCUUGUAGUAUGUGUUGCCCUAGGAGUUGAUAUGUUUGAUUGUGUCUUCCCUACUCGCACAGCUAGAUUUGGUUGUGCCCUAGUUUCAAAUGGACAGUUAAAUUUAAAACAAAAAAUCUAUGAAACUGAUUUGGAUCCCAUUGACAAGAACUGUGGUUGUUCAACUUGCAAAAAUUACACAAGAGCUUAUUUACAUAGCAUUGUGACAGUGGAAACUGUAGCUUGCCACUUAAUUUCUGUACACAAUAUUGCUUAUCAGAUGAAUCUAAUGAGAAGUAUGAGAGAGAAUAUUGAAAAAGGGACAUUCCCACAAUUUGUGCAAACAUUUGUUAGUGAGUAUUAUGCUGAUUGUGAAGAAAUCCCACCUUGGGUUAUUAAUUCGUUGAGCUCUGUUGGAAUAAACAUAGUUAAAAACUAA